GGAAGGCAUCGUAAUUUGUGCCCCUUUAAUAUUUUCCCUCUUUAGCACGAAUCUCUUGGUUCGCUUCUUCUGUUGCUCUCCUAGACAGACACAGAGACAGCGACAUCUGUGUUAGAGUUAGCAGUUAGCAGGUUCCUAUGCAUCACAUUGCAAUCUCACUACUCUCAAAUGCCACCUAACAACCCAAUGCCUUUCCCCCCAACUCCUCCGCACUCCACCAAGUCCUCCUUCACGCGCUCCUUCGCCGCCUACUUCUCACGCUCCUCCGCUCAGGUCCAGCCCCGCCCCUCCGACGUCCUCGUCCUCGACCUCCUCCGCCUCGUCGAGGACCUCCGCGAGAGAGAGUCCCGCCUCCAAACAGAGCUUCUCGAACACAAGCUCCUCAAGGAAACCCUCGCCAUUGUCCCCCUCCUCCACAACGACAUUGCUUCCAAGGACGCUCAAAUCCUAGCCAAUGCCAUCAAAAUUCAACACGUCGAGGCAGAGAAUCAGACCCUCAGGAACCAGCUCAAACAACUCAACCUCCGGUUCCAAGAACAGAAAACGGAGAACCACAGGAAAACCCAGGCGUUGGAAGACGAGAUUGCUGAGCUCAAGAAAACGGCGUCGGAUCACGUCUGCAAGGCGUCGGAAAACCACGACCAUCCUCCUUCUCCGCUGAGGCUUCCAGCGAGGUCCAACUUUAUCAAGAGUUUAAACAAAACGACGUCGUCGGACAAUGGAAGCGUGAUCCACAAGCUCUUUGAAGCUACUGUUGCGGAUUUUAAACCAGAGGUGGCGGAAACUCAAAGGCCGCGUCGUGACUCGGAGGAACUCACUGAUUCCACCGCCUCCAGUUUAACCAAAUCACGUGCGCCUCGCGUUCCCAAACCGCCGCCCACACGCUCGUCUUCUUCCUCGUUCUCUUCGGCGGAGAACGGCAAUGUCCACACGGAGGAAGCGAUUUCGCAACCACGGAAGGUGGCGCCUCCGCCUCCGCCGCCUCCUCCCAAGGCUAAGUCUAAGGCUACUCCGCCUCCUCCGCCACCGCCGCCGAAGGGGAGUAGGCAGGUUGCCGCGAAGGUGAGGAAGGUGCCGGAGGUGGUGGAGUUUUAUCACUCGUUAAUGAGGAGGGAAUCGCAGUCCCGGCGAGAAUCGAUCGCCGGCGCGGUGGAAGUGCCACCGGCGGCGAAUCCACGUGACAUGAUCGGCGAGAUCGAGAACCGUUCGUCUCACCUGCUCGCGAUAAAAUCGGAUGUGGAAACGCAAGGAGACUUUAUUAGAUGCUUAAUCAAAGAAGUGGAGGGUGCCGCAUUUACGGACAUUGAUGACGUUGUGCUCUUUGUUAAAUGGCUUGAUGACGAACUUUCCUAUUUGGUGGAUGAACGAGCAGUGUUGAAACACUUCGAAUGGCCAGAACAGAAGGCCGAUGCCCUGCGUGAAGCUGCGUUUGGGUAUUGUGAUCUGAAGAAGUUAGAAUAUGAGGCUUCGUCAUUCCGCGAUAAUCCUCAGCAGCCAUGUGGUCCUGCUCUUAAGAAGAUGCAGACUCUCUUUGAAAAGUUAGAACAUGGGAUUUACAAUAUCUCGAGAAUGAGGGAGUCAGCAACAAAUAGAUACAAAGUCUUCAACAUACCUGUAAAUUGGAUGUCUGAGAAUGGUUUUGUGAGCCAGAUCAAGCUGGCAUCUGUGAAACUAGCCAUGAAAUACAUGAAAAGAGUGUCUGCUGAGCUUGAGACAGGUGGUGGUGGUCCUGAAGAAGAGGAGCUCAUUGUCCAAGGAGUUAGAUUUGCAUUUCGAGUACAUCAGUUUGCUGGGGGGUUUGAUGUGGAGACAAUGAGAGCAUUCCAAGAAUUGAGAGAUAAAGCGAGGUCAUGCCAUCUUCAAUGCCAUAGCCAGCAACAGAAAUUCCUCUGCAGGUCCGCAACCUGCUAGUUAUGGAGCAAAGUCAGCUUCAGAAAAAUUAGUUGCACCGAUUUUGCUGUAUAGAUAGUGACAUUUUGCUUGUGAAUACCAACCAAUUGCAUGCCCAUCAUUUUACCAGACGCAAUCAUAAUUCAUCCAUUCAUUAAUGAAUGACUGAGAAAGGGAAACGAGACAAAGCACCUACCAAUUUGUUUCCUCGUGCUCACGCUGCUGUUGUUAAUCCCCAAAUCCACUUCGUUAAUAGUACUACUAGUAUUUUGUUUUUGGUGAA